UAUGCAAUUUUGGCCGCCUUGCUACUCGGCAUUAUUUUUCCAUAAUGGGCGAGUGAAUGGGCGCACGUGCAGAAUGACGUAAACAGUGUUCAAAGCUUUUGGCAAUGGCGUCGGGUGAAAAAACACUAGAGUCGAUCGCUAACCGAAUUAUGGAUUUAGACCAUAUUAUUGAUCGUAAUAAGAGAAAUGUAACUUUUGAAGACACUAUCAAUUUUGUGAAUUCUAAAAAGAAUUCGUCUACAGUGUCAAAGACAAGAAGUGACAUAAAAAAGUUUCGAGAGUGGCUGAAAAUAGACGGUGAAGACAGGGAUAUUGAAAAUAUAGAUCCAAAAGAACUCGAUAUGUAUUUAUCUAGAUUUAUUCUAACUGUAAGAAAUACCAAAAAUGACGAAGAACUUGAACCCUCUACGAUUCAGGGGAUAAUUUCGUCUAUCCGAAGAUAUCUCGUUGACGUUGAUUAUUCAGAGGAUCUCACAACAUCACCUCACUUUAAACAUACGAGAAAUACACUAAAGGCGAAGGCAAAAGACCUCAAACAAAAAGGACUGGGGACCAAAAGAUACAGAUCAGAUCCUUUCACGAAUGCAGAAAUUGAGACUCUUUACGAGAAGCAACUGUUAGGCGGAAGUAACCCAAAAGCUCUUAUUUCAACUAUCUGGUUGAAUAACACAAUGCAUCUAGGCUUGCGAGGAAGACAGGAACAUGUUACCAUGUUAUGGGGUGACCUUGAGUUGCGAAAGACGAAUGGCACAGAUGUGCGGCAAUAUCUUGAAUUUACAGAGAGGGCAACCGAGACCAGGAAAGGUCUAAAUGAUGAGCCAAGAAUGUUUAAACCUAAACUAUGGGAAGAAAAAGAUGAUCCUCAUUGUCCCGUGAAAAUGUACCUGCUUUAUGAGAAAAAACAGACCAACAGUUGACACAGAGAGUAGGUUCUACCUGCAAGUUAAUAGAUACUGGCAAACAAGGGGCAAUUGGUUUAACACUUGUCCUAUGGGUAAAGAUUCCCUCGGUACAAUUGCCAAGGCUCUAAGUGAAAGUGCCGAUUUCAGUGGAUAACACACAAACCAUUCUGGAAGAAAGACAUUCAUUUCCAAUCUUUUAGAUAAAGGUGUCCCUCCAACAGAGGUUGCUCAAAUUUCUGGUCAUAAAAAUUUGCAGUCACUUAACCAUUACCAUUCCUUAAGCAUUGAACGCCAACAGGAACUGUCGGAGAUAAUACAUGCACCGCAAAAGAAAGACACACCUAGGACAAGUGAAACAAACUUCAGAACUGAUUAAAUAUCCGACAGUGAACUAGUUAACUGCUCACAGGAAGUUGAAAAAACACUUCAAAGUAUUGAAGUAUAUGAAGAAGUUCAAGCAACACCAAGGUUGAAUGUAGGCGUUUCUCAGAGUCCAGGCAGCACUUUUACUAUGUCUCACUUUAGGAAUCAACCACAGUCCAUGUUCAGUGGUUGUACUUUCAAUCAGCCUGUCAAUAUCAUUUUUAAGAACUAAUCUUUCAAAUGAACAAUUUACUGAUAUGAGAUCAGUUUUUUUUUGUAUCCACAGAUAUAGUAUUUAAGGUUGAGUAAUUUGUCGGCGCAUCCAUUGACAAACAA